UAGCCCAUCAUGUAUCUAACCAUCCAAGAGCACAUUCGGCGUCAAGAGGUGGAAAGACCGUCCAAACUGGCAACUCCGCAGUCAGGCUAAUUCUAAUGUUGCUAAUUGUUUCUUCCUGUGAUGGCUGACAUCAUGAUGUGUGAGCCCUUUGAGCUCUACAACCUUCUCAACCGGUGCAGCCGCGUGUCGAGGCUGGCCGAGAUCAACUACCUCUGUGUGAUCGAUGCUCGUGAAACCCAAGAUUACAGAAUGAGUCACAUCAUAACCGCUAAACAUGUCAAAACGGAUUCAGAGGGUACGUUCCUCCUGCCAGAGGCUGUGGAGGUUGACAGUAUGCAGCACGUGGUGGUCUAUGACAGCAACACAAGCUGUUUACAGGAACAAGGCAGAGCCGUUGACUGUGCCCAGGCCUUAGCUAAAGCUAGCAUCUGUCCAGUCCACGUAGUGAGAGGAGGCUUUCAGGAGUUCUCAGCUCUGUACCCUUUUUUAAGGACUGAGAAAAUCCUGUACACCAUCAUGGAGCUGGAAAACCUGAAGACUUAUCCAGUGGAGAUCAUAGCAGGACUGCUGUAUAUGGGCGACCAGGAACAAGGCAUGGACUCCAGCAUCCUCAAAGACCUGAAAAUCAGCGCCGUCAUCAGCCUCUCACAGAGUAACACUCUGGAAGCCACAAAGGGGAACCAGACCAUGCUUAACAUCCCUGUGGCCGACUCCGUGGUGUCUGAUUUAUAUUCAAGUCUUGAAAGGAUUUGUACUUUUAUUAGUUCCCACAUCAACACGGGCUGUCGGGUCCUGACCGUUUCCAGGCAGGGCAGAAACCGCUGCAGUGCUGUCACCAUUGCCUUUCUCAUGCACCACCUCAAAUACACACUGGAGGAGGCCUGGAAGUACGUGCUCAAAUGUAAACCCAGCAUGAGGCCAAACACGGGGUUUCUCCAGCAGCUGUCUGACUGGGAGCUUCACACCAUGGGAACCAAAGUGACCGAUAUCGCCGAGCCUCAUUUUUAACAAAGGAACCAAAAGCUUCGACGAUAAUGUAAUGUUAUUUUGUACAUUUUAACAUUAACAUGUUUGUACAUUAAGGUACAAACAAUUUGGGACAUUUUAUAUGGGAUUGUUUUUCUUUAAAGAAAUCUCUUAUUUCAUUUAGAUAAUCCAUAAAUAAACCCUUAUCAGCUCAAAGUUAAAGUCAGGAGAAACUGAAGUCUUUGAGGGUUUUUUAAAAAUCCCUUAAACUUUGAAGAUAAACAAUUAUAACCAUCUUAUAUCAAGCCUCAAGCCUCAAAAGCACUUUACUGCUUUUUGAACUCAGUACCUGAAGCCUACUCUGUGCAAUGACAGUAAAAUGGAAUCUAAUCUAAAUAUGUAUUUAAUGUUUACCUUUCUCUGUUGAUCUAUACAACAAAAACGCCCUCUGGGGAUCAAUAAAGGCUUAUCUUACACAUCUUCUAAGAUGUUUUCAAGGUUCAAGGAUUCACUGUAAUGUAAGGAGAGAAAAAAAUAAUGAAGUGGACAGUGACACCUACUUUUAUUUGAAUGUAGCUUGUGUGCACUUUUGUGCACUUGUUGUCUUGUUUUGUAUUCAUUAAAUACAGUUAUUAAUGAA